AUGUGGGAUAAUGGUGCAAGGAACAUAAAGAUGGAUAAAUCUAAGUUUAUUGAUAUGGGCCCACUAAGCACAGAUCCUUCAUUCAAUAUUUCAGCUCAAGAAGUUAGGGAAGGAUCUAACAGUUUAUUUGGUUGGGUCGCUGAAGCAUGCUUUACACAGUGGCCUGCAUUAAAUCAUGUUGAAGUGCCAGACCUGCCUUCGUAUACUGUAGACGAAGGUAUCCAAAGGCUUAGAGAAAUUGGCAUGCCAGAGUGGAUUUAUCAGGUUAGACCCACAGACUUACACAUGGAAUGCCCAGAGGACACAACUUUUACCACAACUGUGAGGAACAAAUUUGCGAAGGGAGCCCCAACAUCCUUGAAGACUGCUAUGAUUGCUAUUUUAUGUAAGUCAGAUUUUACAAUAAGAAUUGCCCUAAGUGAAUUAAGACACCUAACUGCAAUGGGACUGAUUGGGCCCUGUGGUAGUGGGAACCAAGUGGCUGCACUCAAUCAACAAAGACAAGUGACUGGAAGAGCUGCUAGUUUUGAACGGCGCCCAGAACAAGAGAAGGCUCUGCAACAGGUUCAGGCUGCCAUGCAAGCUGCCGUGCCACUUGAACCACAUGAUCCAGCUGAUCCAACGUCGGCCCCUGGCCUUGUUCUGACUGGUGAUAUUGAGCUUUACAUUGCCUCCUUCCACAAAUGUAGCCGAUUUGAUACCUGUGUGCUCCAUCUGGCAAGGUCCACAUGUACAGUGGUGGUUUGUGUUGUUAAAGUUGCCUCUAAUAUAAACACCGUCCUUGCUUCCCUGACAAGCAAGGAUGAUGUCGAUGAAUGUGCGGUGGUGAACGGAGGCUGCCAGCAGCGCUGUAUUAACACUUUGGGCACCUUCCACUGUGAAUGUGAUACGGGAUACAGACUCCAUGCUGAUGAACGCACCUGCAUAAAGAUGGACCCUUGCACAGGUGGGAAUGGAUGUGCCCACAUCUGUCAAAGUGAGAGCAGCGUGGCCAAGUGUGCCUGCCACCCGGGGUACCAGUUGUCUGAAGACAAAAAGGCCUGUGGAGAUAUAAAUGAGUGUGCUGAGAAGCUUGCUCCCUGCGGCCAUCGCUGUGUGAACACUGUGGGAUCAUUCACCUGUGCCUGCCACCCUGGCUUUGAGCUGGGAGCUGAUGGAAAACAGAGUUACAGGAUUGAAUUGGAAAUUGUCAAUAGCUGUGAAAAGAACAAUGGUGGUUGAUCCCAUCACUGUGAACACACAAUUGGUGGGCCUCUUUGUUCCUGUAACCAUGGACACCAGCUUGAUUCAGAUAAGAAAACAUGCAUAGAUCUUGAUGAAUGUCAGAGUGGAGAAGCCUGCUGUGCCCAGCUCUGCAUCAACUAUUUAAAUUUAGGAGGCUAUAUAAAAAAGCGUGGUUGUAAAGGCGGCUUUCAGGUCAGGCCUGAUGGUUGUGGAUGUGAAGCUUUAGACGAUGAUGGGCUAGAGGACUAAGAGGAAUUAGAAGUUGUGAGGUUUCCAGGCCUUCUAUUCGAGAGCCCACCUCAGCUGUUUCAUUAUGUUGUGGCCUCUCUGCCUCCCAAGUACGAAGAUGAAGAAGAUAAGGAGGAACAGUAGAAAGAUAUUCAAGGAGAACUUACUGCUUUACGCAAAGUUGUCUGUUUAGAUGACACUUUCGGACAUGACUGCAGUUUGAGCUGUGAGGACUGCACGAAUGGAGGCAAAUAAGGAAGGGAGGAGGGGGUGCACCUGCCUGGCUGGCUGGGUGGCCUUCUUUGCAACGAAAGUAAGUGAUAUCCUGGAGAAAUGGCGCAGGUACACCAAAUUACAGGUAGUGAGCUCUCCUUUACAUAUUCUUCCUAAAAUGUUUCAAUAAGGUAAACAAUUGAUAUGGGUGAAACCAAUUUAUUUGUUGUACAUAAAGAAUGGCUAUAAAAUGCUGAGGUUUUAAACUGAACAUGAGAUUAGAGGGGGGAGAUUUUGUGUUCCCUGGGAAACUUGAUGUGCUGUAUUUUGUUUAUCCAUGAAAUGUAAAAGUUAAUAAAGAUCUCUAAUAUUCUAGGCCUAUAAAAAUCCCUUCAUUUAAAUAAAUCACUAGGCCCUUUCAAGCUAUUCCCAAUGUAAAAGAAAAAAGCAAAGAAUUUGUGAUACAAAGGGCAAUUAAACAGAAUUGCAUGGCUGUUGGCUGUUUGUUUUUCUUUGUGUGUGUGUGUGUGUGUGUGUGUGUCUCUUUCUUUUGUAAAAUGGUGUUAGCACAGCCAAUGACACUUUUAAAAAUGUUUUAUACGAGUCUUCCAAGAGAAAAUAUCAAAGAUUUAAAAAAUUAUACCCUCCCUCCAAGUCUCUUCCUUCAGAUUUUAGUUGAAAGUAUACUUUCAGGAAUUAAAACUGCCAGGUAGCAAAACCGGAAUAUAUUGGCAGUCUUUAUUUUUGUUCCCUCUUCUAAAAUUUAUUUAAUAAAUGUUUUUUAAGAAAAGGUUUGUCCUCAUCUUUAUGAUUUGCUUGGAGGAUGAUGUAAGA